CCUCCGAGGCUUCCCUCCUGUUCCCCUCCGUGCGCGUCCUCAAAUCCUCCAAUCCUCGAAUUGCUGGCGCAUUACUUCUCCCUUCCAUCAUCUCGCACUGACUGUCUUCCUACCCCCCCCCCAUCCCCCCCAAUCGGGGUAGCCUUUCUUUCCGUCCAUUAUUUUUCCUGUCCAUAACCUUGUCAGUCCGACUCCAUAGCUCCCCAGCAGUCACUCGAACCCCUGUCGCAAAAUGUCGUUCAAGAUCCCAUUUGAAUCCAGUCCCCCGUCGACACCGGGCAAGUCCCGCGGUCUGUUCGACAAUCUAUCCAGCACGCCUGCCGGGGCUCCUCCCUCCGCAUCCCACUCCUUUGCUCCUCAGUCCAGCUUCUUAGGCGACUCCCAGAUGAGCUCCGGCUCUCUCUUCACAAAGUCCGGCCACAUGAACACCAACGACAGCAUCUUCGGCUCCUCCAUUGCGUCCGACGACUUUGCUCUCCCCGACUUACCCAAGCCGAAAAAGGCCGCCGCGCCAGCCAAGCCGUCAGCCAAUCCGUUUGCGCCGUCGCAGUCCCUGUUCAGCGUCACAAAUGGCAACCGAUUCGCCGAGUCAACCAGUCUCGGGAAAUCGAACGGCUUCGCGGAGUCGCAGAUGGAUGAGGAUGCCGAACAAGAUGCGGAGGGAGAAGACGAACUCCCGGUGCCGGAGCACGAAAACCAUCGCGACGUUCUGAAUGGGCAGAAACCAAACAAGGACCCUGCGCCUCGCUUUAGCUUCCUGGACUCCCAGUUCGGUGAUUCCAUCCCCCCGCAGCCAGUCUCGCUCCAACGAAAGGCGAUCUAUACCAACCCGGUCAAUGCGAAGCGACCGAAACUCGACGAGCGGUGGGCGAACCAAUCGCCUCUGCGCAAGGGGAAAUUGUCGGCUAAAAAGGACUCGGCUGUUUCGUCGAUCGUGCGCAACUUUGCUACUCGGUCGCGCAUUGCCGCGGUGCAGGAGCCGAGUGAUUUCAUCAUCAGCACGGAGGACGAGAUCUGUGACAUGUACGAUGAAGUCAAGAAGUCCGAGUUCAACGGCGUUGACUUUGAGACCGCCCUGUCAACCACCUGUGACAGACUUGUGACCGUCUGGCAUACGCCCGGCCAGAGUUCGGAAUCUGGCAUUGGUCCUGGAGAUCAUGCCUCUAACAUUGCGAAAGCAGGCUUCCUCGCGUCUCUGCUCCUGCAGCUCCACCACCCUCCGCAAUCGGCACCCAAGCCAGCUCUGUCCAGCCCUCUCGGGUUUGCCGCACGCAAUCUGUUAUUGACUGCCCCUCGCACGAGUACCCCUACCCCUCUACCCAAGCUCCUCCUUGACUGGCUUGAGACACACCACUAUCCCCCGUCGGCCGAGCUACGAGCCCUGAAAGUAGUAGAGCCGAGCCCCACUGCGUCACCCAACUUCUGGGAGCUCAUCCACGCCGCAGUAUUACGGGGUCAUCUCUCAGACGCCGCGGAGAUCUUGCGGUCUGCGGAUUUCAAUCAUGCGAGAUCGGCGUUGGAGGAUGGCCUGCCGCAGUCGGGCUACCGUGGCACGCAGCUCCAGAAUAUUCAACGGUGCAUCAACAAGGCCCACCAGAUCCUCGAGUCCUGCCCCAGCCUGCAGCAUGGGGAUUGGGACGGCCGGGGCGCGGAGUGGGGGCUUUAUAGGAAGCGCGUGCUGGCAGCCGUCUCUGACCUGGAGGAAUUCGCCGAAGGCAAUGAGCAGCCAGCGCCGGAGCCUCCCACGGCGGAAACCCGUUUCCAGGCGAUCAACUUUGGGCUGAAGCCGACGGCCGCUGCGCCCAUGUUCUCCUUUGCCCAGUCCGCGCGGAUGGCCGACAGCAAAGUUCCCUGGACGAUUUACCAGAACCUUCGGACCGUGUACCGCAUCCUGCUGGGUGAUACACGUGCGAUCAUGAACACCGCCCAGGACUGGAUUGAGGCUACUAUUGGGAUGACUGUAUGGUGGGAUGGAGAGGACGACGACGAGAGCUCGAACAACGACUUCAGCGCCAGCAACUUCCUGUUCUCCCGGCCCCUGAAAGCGCCCUUGUCGCCGGCCAAUGCCAAGUACGCCUAUCUCCGGCGCCUCGACCUGGCCUUCAGGAAUGCGACGAGUGCGGACCCCGAGGAUGACGGCUUCCGCAUCAACUCGCUGAGCAGCCUCGAGGUUGGACUGGCCUCGGUGUUCGAGGGCAAUGUCGAUGGCGUGCUGGAGUUGCUCCAGACGUGGUCGCUGUGCAUUGCGUCGGCUGUGGUCGAGGUCGCGUCGAUGGGCGGCUGGCUCGAGGCUGGGGCCGGACCGAAGUCGAUGCCUGGUCUGAGCGAGGACGACCUGAUGGUUCUGUCAUACGGCCAGGACGGCGCCCCCAGUCGUCGCAUCAACAAGAACGACGUGAUCAGCGCCUAUGCCUUGGGCCUGUCCAAGCGACCCAUCGUGGAGAGUGAUGCUGGCGCCCGGGAGGGAUGGGAGAUUGCCAUCGAGGUUCUCAGCCGCCUGGACGACCGCGAGAAGAUGCAAAAGAGCGUGGCGGAGCUGCUGGACAAGCUGCCUCUCGCCACGCCAGAGCAGGUGGACAAGGUGGUCCUGCUGUGUUCCGAGCUCGACCUCAACACGGAAGGACAGAAGAUGGCCGAGCGCUUUGGGGAUGAUACGGUGACGAAGUCGCAGGACUACGGGCUUGCCCUUCUGUGCUAUGCCCGGGCGCACAACCGACGCAAGGUCAAGUCGAUUGUCGAUCUGCUCAUCUCCUACAGCCUGGUGCAAUCCCGCGCAUACCCCGACUCGGCCGCGCUGGACCAGCAGCUGGAGGUGUUGAUCCGCGACCCCAACCAGUGCCUGUCCGCCAUUUCGGCGACCGACGAGGAGGCCGCCCACAUCCUGCAGUACUACUUCAGUGGAUAUGCGACGCUCCGUCGGUACUACGAGACCCGCGACGAGGCCGCCAGUCUCAAGCCUCUGGCCAGACGGCGGGCGGCGGCGCAGGCCCUGGUGGCGGUCAUCGGCAGUGCGGCGGACAGCAUUUACGGCGGGCUUUACGACCCCGAGCGCGACUCGGUGAUCCAAGUCGACGGGCUGCUGACGUUGCUGGGCGAGGCCCUGCCCUUCAUCGAUCAACCCACCCCCAUCCUCUCCACCUCCCAACUAUUCACCAUCCUCUCCGCCAUCGAGGACCUCCAAACCGUGACCCCGCGCGUGUACGCCCAGUGCGAGGAGUGCUUCCGCUCUACGCUCAUCCAGUACCAGUCCUCCAAGCGCGCCCACACGUCCGACUCCUUGGUGCAGCCGCCGUCGCCGCGGGCGAUGCUGAAGAAGUCGGUCUCGUCGCUCACCGCAUCCAGCACCUUCUCCCUGAUCGGCAACGACAUGAUCGAAUCCGCGCGCACGCGAUCCGGCUCCGGCUCGGUGGGCAGCUCGGCCGUCCUGGUCCCGCGCGCGGACGGAGAGGCGGCUGUCUCGAGCGAGAAGCGCGGCUGGGACUGGCGUGCCGGGCUGCCGGAGGAUAUCACGGGCGAUGACAUCCUGCGUAUCCUGCGGCUGGGCAUCGCCAAGGGCCUGAGCUCGAGGGCACUCGGUUCUCUCUAGGUUGAAUUGGCCGUGGUUGUGGAUUGAUAAAUAAGAAAAGUAUCUGGGUGUAUUCUAUUCGUGUCAUCUGUUUUUUCUUUUUCUUUUUUUUUUUUUAAUAAUUGCCCUUUUCCC